CUCUUUCUGAUAGAGGCAGCAAGGGAGGAGGAGCAACAAGUAGUUCACAUCCCUAUUUGAAAUAAACAAGGACUGCAGGGACACGUCUCUGAGGAGAGACUUUUCUAUUUGUCUAACAUCUGCUGCUAAUUGAAUCUAUGAGAAAGCAGAAACAUUUGCCAGUCACCAGCACCACCCUUAAAUCUUUGGCCCAGACUACAGCAGUGCAGUUCAUGAGUUCAGCCACAUUCUGACGUUUUUCCUCCCAUUUAAACAACUACUGUCUUAUUUGGGAGGAAAACAGCAGAUAGCAUUUGUUCCAGAAAUAUUCUUCCUCCCUGCUAUUUUAUGGAUGCUUAUUUGUUCCAUGCUCUAUAAAGCUAUUUCAGAGUUAUACUUGGAGCAUGCUAAAAGCAGCAUUUAUUAUGCCAGGAUAUUUUAAUAUUAAAAGGAAAAAAACAUUUGUACAUACUAAGUUUUGCAAACAAAUAUUUCUAUCGGACAACAUAUAAAAAAAUCCCCUUUUAAAAAAUGCCACCAUUUUCUGGGAUGUGGUUGAUUCAUAAAUCCCAAAACAAUAAAAUUAAGCACUGCUUUUUUUUUUAAUGUUGCAAUUUCUACUGUGGGGAUUUGUAACAAAAUGUUGCCUUCGUGUUAAACAUACAGCAAAAUUGCAGAGUGCAGGGUGAACUGAAACAUUAGCCUCAACAGUCAUUGCUCUGUUUCAUAUGUGCUGAAAGGAUCCCUUCAAAUUUAAUGCAAACUGUUUAUAUAUAGUUUUUAAAAAGGAAAAUGCAACUUUUCACCAUGUUUGAGUAUUUUACUAUACCUUCCCACAUGGCAUGAGUAAUAGAACAAUAAUUUGCAGACCUAAAGUAUGUGAAAUUAUCAGCAGUUAAUCUAAUCUCUAUGGUGUCUUAGAAAUCUAGAGUGAAAAAACCCUUACCCACAAGCUGAAAUAAGUUGUAAAGAGUUAGUCACUGAUCUGACUUAUAAAUGAUGCAUUGUGAGGCAAAGCCCACAUUUUACUCAACCGUUGCUAUGUGAAUAAAUAAAUGAGCUCAACAUUACUCACAACUAGGCAUAGGGUAUUUCCUCAGUCAGUUCAACUUGGAAAACAGGGCAUAUUUUGUCUCAUGGUUACAUAAAAAGAACCAACAAUUUGAUCCAUAUUAGGGGACUCUCUGUAUGAUCAACAGGAUCUGCCCUCAGAAUCAGCUCCUUAGGUUUAAAAAAACUAGGAUUAUGGGUAAAAUUUACAUUACUUAAAUUUUAUAAAUGUAACGAAACAUCCUUAAGGAAAUGUUAGGUUUAAACAUUCCCCUGAAGGAAAGUCAUCAGAGGAAAAGAACAAUGGUCUAGUUUAUGAGAACCGGAAAGUGGAGUGGACUAUUGACAGUAGUAACUCCAAUCAGGACAGGACAAGCUUAUGCUUAUGAGUUCCCUUCCAAAUAUCAGAAAGAUACCUAUGAUAUCCCUCCAGUUCGUCCUUCCCAAGGGAUAUACGACGUCCCCCCAGCAUCGGUUAAGGGGCCUGUGCAUUCAGUCCCAACGGGAGAGGCAAGAGCUCAAGGGGUGUAUGAUGUGCCACCUAUAAAGGGGAUCUAUGACAUCCCUGCAUCGGCAUGCAGAGAGGAUACAGAACUGAGGGAAAACUUGCUGGAUUUUCCUCCUUCAGUGACCCAUAAUGCAAGACUAGAAGGCGUAUACGACAUCCCUCCUUCCACUACAAAAGAACUCAGCAAGAAAUGUAUCACUGACAUCCCUCUACCUACUGAUUUAAUGUCAGGCAAACACGGCCUGUAUGACAUUCCAGUGAGCCAUCAAAAUCAAUUUCUUGGUCAGCAGAUUGCUCCUCAAAAGGAUGUGUAUGAUACUCCGCGUGGAGUUCCACUUCCUGGACAGCAGGCAGGAUUCAGCAAGAGUCCAAAUACAGAGGGAAGUGAAGGUGUGUAUGAUGUGCCCCCGCAGACUAUACAAGACACUAAAGGACUGAAAGAUGUGACAGAUGGGAUAAAUAGACUGUCUUUCUCCAGCACAGGAAGCACCAGGAGUAACAUGUCUACAUCUUCCACAACUUCAAAGGAGUCUUCUUUUUCAGCCUCGACUUCUCAGGACAAGCGAUUAAUACUGGAUCCAGACACAGCGAUAGAGAGACUUUAUUGGCUUCAGCAGACAGUGGAGACAGUGGUCUCUAAGCUCAUGGCCUUUGUUAACACAGACUGGCGGUCUUAUGGGUACAUGGAGAAAAAUAUCAAUGAAAUCCACACUACUGUGGAAAAAGCGGAGCAGUCAUUGGGGGAGUAUCUUCAGUUUGCGAAAGGAGCCACAGUCAAUGCUUCCUGUCUCUCAGAGAUCAGUCUCUAUAACAAAAUGAGAAGGGAGCUGCAGAGACUGGAGGAUUCUCACCAGAUCUUAACUCAGACCAGCCAUGACCUGAGUAGCUACAGCUGGUCAUUGAACAUCCUGGCAGUCAACAAACCCCAAAACAAGUGGGAUGAUCUAGACCGAUUUGUGAUGGUGGCAAGGACAGUCCCAGAUGAUGCCAAGCAACUGACCACUACCAUUAGCAUCAAUGCAGAGAUGCUAUUCAAAAAGGCCUCAGGCAACUCGCGUUUAAAGAAUGUUUCGGAGAACAUUAUGAACACAACUGACUAUGCAUACCACAGCCCUCAGAAUCAGCUGUUACAUCACGGACAGAAAACGGUGGACCACUUAAGUUCUUUGCCCCCACUUCUGAGCAAAGACCAGCAUCCCCCUAGUACCAAUAGCGAGGGCUCUGAGAAGAGCUGGAUGGAUGAUUAUGAUUAUGUUCACCUACAGGGAAAAGAGGAGUUUGAAAGGCAACAGAAAGAGCUUCUGGAAAAAGAAAACAUUAUCAAACAGAACAAGAUGCAUCUGGAGCACCAUCAGAUCAAUCAGUUCCAGCAACUGGAGCAAGAGAUCACAAAGCCUGUGGAAAACGACAUCUCAAAAUGGAAGCCACCUCAGAGUCUUCAAACUCCAAACAGCUCUAUGAGCUCUCAGGACAGAGAGCUGCUCUUCUUUUAUUCUGACCAGUGCGAGACUCAUUUCAUUUCUCUCCUGAAUGCCACUGAUGCCUUUUUUAACUGUGUCAGUGCCGCUCAGCCGCCACGGAUCUUUGUCGCUCACAGCAAGUUUGUCAUUUUAAGUGCUCACAAACUGGUGUUCAUUGGGGACACACUCACAAGGCAGGUGACUACUCAGGAUAUCCGCAGCAAAGUGAUGAACUCCAGCAACCAGCUGUGUGAAUUGCUAAAGAACAUUGUUAGGGCAACCAAGAUGGCUGCUUUGUAUUAUCCCGCCCCGGCUGCACUGCAGGAGAUGGUCGACCGAGUAACAGAGCUGUCCCAUCAGGCCCGACUAUUUAAACUCUCUCUAGUACAGAUGGCAUCAUUCUGAAAUGGACAAAAUGGAAUCCAUUCCAUGGACAGUAAAAAUUAUUUAAAAAAACUGGAAGCAUGUCCUAUUUUAUGUAAAUAUCAUAAUUUUUGUAGAUGUUUUAUAUGAAAUAUUUUAAAUACAUUUUUAUGGAUUAGAAAAUCUAAAAUUCAGGAAUCUAGGGGUAUAUCUGUUUCCCUAUUAUGUUUUUUAAUAUACAUAUAUAUAUGUAUACACUCCAUAUAUGUAUAUGUUGCUACAUUCCAUAAGACACCGUUAUUCAAGCACCUUAAAGGUAUGCCUCAGUUAAGUGAUGCAUAUCACUGUAUAUACUGUCUAGUUUUCAACCUAUCCAUCAAUUGGAUGCUGCACUCUCUUUGGGGGGGAGCAUAGUGUGUAUUUUGCUUCCACGUAAAUGUGGCACAUGGACAAAGCUGCCAAAUCUAUUUGUAGCAAUUCAUGGUGUAGAUGUAAUCGUUCUAAUGGAACCCUAAUCCCUUCCUCAAACAUACUUGAUUUGAAUUAAUUAUGUAAAAAAUGGUAUCCUUGAUUUUAUCUUGCAUACUACAGGAGUCACUGAUGUGGAACAGUGUAUAUAUUUAAGUUAACAGGCAAUAAAUCAAGGCUCAAACCAGCGGGGCAAAAACCAUCCACAUACAGCAUAAUAUAUAGAUCCCCCUCACAAAGAACAGGGAGGAUUGUAUAUAUUUAAAAAUAAUUUCUUGAUGCCACACAACAUUUCAGAAACUUGGCAGAAUUCCCAGCCAUACAAAUUCACGUAUGUUUUUCCCACCUUCCCUUGGAUUUUGCAAAUAAUUAUAUGUCAGACUUUAAAGUUGUAAUUUUUUUUCAGACCUAGGGACUUACUCUGAGAGUUGCUGAAUGUCCCUAAAUCUUGCUGACAUCAGUGGAAUCUGAAGGUACACAACACCUUAGAAGAUCAGGAUUAAUGAGAAUGCAUAGCAUCAUAAUUCCACAUGAAAAGACUUAAUUUGCCAUCAAUUUUGGAACAUCUCAAUUAGAAGGCCUGUAAUUUAAGAAGAGAAAAUAGCACUUAUUUCUAUGGCAAAUUCUUGUGAAUCAUUUGCACUUUUAUAGCUCUGAACUUCACUCAAACUUUAGACUUGUUCCAAGUUAUCCUUCCUGGCCUAGGGACACACCAUUAAGUUUCCAGAGCUACACUGUCACCAAAGCAACACCCUGUUUCAAAAGGGGUAAUUCCAUAUGUAGCAGACACAGUAACUUGGCCACAGUUCACAUUACGUGGCCACUCCUAACUGGAACAGUGGCAAUCAGGAUUAAGGGAAUGAAGUACAGGUGACGCUGAAUGUACUUAUGAUUUAAAAGAAAAAUAUCGUUACCCACUUCUUUGUGAUAAUUCUGGCUUUUAUCCCAAGUCUUUCAGUAUUCUGAGUGUUUGCAUACAAGACCAGGCUGGAUUUUUGUGUAAA